AUGGACAACUUCGCGCAAUCCAUAGAUGGAAUUGGAGGUGCGGUGGGAAGCUCUCACGCCUGCGGCCAGGUUCGGCGCAUCGGGUUUUCUGCCGUUCCGGCUCUACGUCACGUGGACAUCGGAACCCAGUCGAAUCGAGUGGAGGGUGGAUUUAGCGGUGUUAAGCCAUGGAGUUACUUGGCAUGA